AUUCAAAGGGACAUACUCCGUAAACGCGCGCAGAAUCAGUACCGUGUUGCGUGUUUGAUUUUGUACAUGCUUGAAUACUAUCAAGCACUGCAUGCAAAAAAAAGGCCAUCCUGUGAUCCUUCAUAAAGAAGCACUUUUCAACCUCUGUUCAAAGCCGAACCCCUCUUUUAUUCCAUCAUCACACAUCUCUUCUAACAACUCUUUUGUUGUAAGUCUUAUAAAUCUUAACAUCUAUCAAAAUGGCACCAAAACCAGCUUCCACCGCCGGCAAGGCCCCAUCAUCUCAAGCAGGAAAGGCACCUGCCAAGGCUCCUGAAGCCGCCAAGAAGACUUCCAAGUCCACCAGCAAAUCCGGUGAAAAGAAGAAGCGCUCCAAGGUCCGCAAGGAGACAUACUCUACUUACAUCUUCCGUGUCUUGAAGCAAGUUCACCCAGACACCGGUAUCUCAAACAAAGCAAUGGCAAUUUUGAACUCUUUCGUUCAAGAUGUCUUUGAACGUUUGGCCACCGAAGCUUCCAAAUUGGCUGCUAUCAACAAGCGCUCCACAAUCUCAUCUCGUGAAAUCCAAACCGCUGCUCGUUUGAUCUUGCCAGGUGAAUUGUCCAAGCACGCCAUCUCUGAAGGUACCAAGUCCGUUACCAAGUACUCUUCUUCUCGUUAAAUUGUGUGAUUCACACUCUUUUUCCUUGGCGAUCAAGAUACGUACAAGUCCAUCUCUGUAUAACAUUCUCAAACAUGGUUCAUUGUCUUUGAUCUUUGUUUGAUCCGUGCGUAUCCGGAUGAAAGGUAGUUCUGUCAUUCUCAAAGAAUCAUCCCUUUUCAUUUGUCAACUAUAUUCCAAUCGCAUGUACUUUUUCGUGCUUGUCGAUGUUCUGUAAUAUUACCUACCGUGACUUCCCGAUUGGGGAAAUGUACC